AUGAUCGCGGUUAAGAGUAUCAUUGGGGAUCACAUCGUAAUUAGAGGAUGUUUUUACCAUUUGUGUCAAAGUACCCAUAGAAAAAUUCAGAAGCUGGGUCUGGAAAACGAAUACAGGACCGAUGAUACUCUAAGUUUUUUUUGUGGUAUGAUAAACGGCUUAGCAUUCGUUCCGUUAUGUGAUAUGGGCAAUGCAUUGACAUUCCUGAGAUCGGUUACUCCGAGCAAUGUCAAUGGAGUAUCAAGGGAGGUCAUAAGAAGCAAUUCUAAAUCCCAGACACGUCGAAUUGAGCCUCGAUUUCCUCCAGAAACCUGGAACGUGAAUCAGAGCACUCUCUCAGAUGAAGAACGAACAAAUAACCAAUGCGAAGGUUGGAAUCAUCGUUUUUCUAAUCUGGUUGGGAAUAAACACCCAUCAAUCUGGGUACUCAUUAAAAAAAUGAAAUGCGAGGUGGCUGCCGAUGAAACCAAACUUGAAAGAUGGCGCGUAGGUAGUUGGACAUCGAAAUCAAAAUCGCAGAGUUCUAACAACCAGAUUCAGCUAAAGAAACUUUGCGAAGAAUACCGUGAUGGGGUGCGAAGCCUUCCAGAUUUUAUAAAAGCGAUUUCCUUCAAUAUUCGAUGUCAACCCAUAUAA